AUGCCUUUGCCCUCACAGCUCAGCCAGCUGCAGCACCCGCACAAACAACCCAGCGAUGGAUCGCCUACUUCAGCAACCUCCACUUCCCUCACUCCGGCAUCAUCUAACAACACGUCGUCGUCUCCCCUCAAUGAACUAUCGUUCGAGCUGGCGGAUUCGAUCCAGAUGGUCGUCCAAACCCUUCUCCAAGUCUCCCCGCCCCAAGUUCUCGAUAUAACAAAGGAACAGUUUUCCGCUUGUUCGCUUUCCGUACCGACUUCUUCCAUGUCGGCUAUGUUCACUGUUAUGAAGAACAUCAAUUACUUGUCCGCCAAUAUGCCGACCUAUUUUGACGAGAUGUCCGCACCAGACAGCAAACUCCCGGGGAAACGACCAGCACAAUCGGCGGAUACCUAUACGGAGUUCGAUAUUGGGGAGAUGUUGCAGUGUAUAGGAGACUCGCUAGGAGGGACUGCCGCUCAGGUCGGGGUGGACAUGGUUAUCUUCCACGGAGAUGUCAGCUUGAAGCAUGUGAACGUUGUGGGGGAUGAAGCUGCGCUGUCCUAUGCUAUCUCCCAUGUUAUCAGACAGGUCCUCAACAUCGCAGAACGGGGUGAUACCGUCGAAUUAGGCUUGUUGCUCACGCCCACGCUGCAAACCCAAGCGGAAUCUUCGAGUUCUAUGCCAGACAUUCCGCUCCAGUGCACCAUUCGCGUUUCACACAAAUUCGCCUUCCCAGAACGCUUACCAAACGAUCCAUACGGUCCAGAACCUCAACAGGUCCGCCAACAUCCCAACUUCUCCUCGCUUCUUCUGCGCCGGAUACUUCGCCACACCUCUGGAUCAAUCAAGGGGGACCUUCCUCCUCCCGAAAACUUUUCGACUGGACGAACAGUGGAAUUGGCUUUUCCCCUUCGCCGACCCCGAUCGACGCAAGCCAAAACCCCUAAUGAACGGGCAAACUCCGAAGAACCGCAAUUCGCUCAUGACCCUACUCUUCGACAACUCGUUUCUUUUGCAGAAACCUUGAAGGGAAAGAAGGUCACGCUGCAUGCCAGCCCCAAGGCAUGUUUCGCCCAGCAUCUCACAAGCUAUCUCACUGCGUGGGGGAUGGACGUGACCCAUGUUUCACCAGACGGGGAUACAGAUGGAACGAGCACUGCAGAGCAGACCCCCGCUGCUGAUGGAGCCCCUGCGACGGGAGAAGGGCCAAAUAACCCUGAUCCUGUUUCCUUCGUCUUCAUCGACGACGAUGUGGAUGUUCUCAAGGAACGUCUUCUGGCACAGCGGUCGGGGUUCAAUCCUUUUACAGGGUCCCAAGCUCUUUCCAAAAAGCGCCCAACCCUAGCAAACCUGCACCGCCCACGAUCCACGGUCAAUGUACCCCACAACACGGGCAUAACCAAGCCUGCUAACGGUUCGAACGUGAUCAUGCACUUUACGAGCCUCGCCAACUACAAACAUCUCAAGGAUGUUGUGCAGUCUAUGAUGGCUGGUUUCUCUGCGGCCACGAUACCAUUACCCGAGGUCAUGAUCAUUCCCAAGCCAGCAGGGCCUCGCCGUUUCCUCACAGCACUUCAUACCGCGGCCACCAAGCCGAGCGUCGACUUGCCAUUCAUUCCAAUCGCCACAUCACCCCUGAGCCCUGGACUGGCGACAGGGACCUUUUUUGGGUCUUAUUCUGGCAACACCGAACAACAACCCCAUUCUAAAAUUAACGCUUCUCAGCCGGUAUCUCCCACAAAGCCGCUUCGUCCAACAGGCUCUCGCACCAAUUCAGAACGGUCCCUGACCUCGAGUCGAGAAUCAGAAUCAAGCCUUUCGCAGGUGACGCCCUCACCACUGUCACUCCCCGAGAAUGUUGAAUAUUUCGAUAAAGCCGCUGCUUCAAAGUUGGGAUCAAACCCUUCGUCUGGUAUUGUGGUGAAGAGUCCAGACGGUCAGACUGGUAUUCUCUUCCGACCAAAGACUAAGGUUCCGCGGUCGCCUCAAGAACGGGACAAAGGGCAACUGGUUGUUCCUUCUCGGCGGUCUUCCCGUUCAUCACCGAAUGGCAAUGCAGAGGGCUUACCUUCUUUUGGCACAAUGUAUAGUGCUACUCAGUCCGCAGCUUCGUCCCCCGUUACCAAGCCUAAAGGCCAAAAUGGGGCUGCUUCUGAAUCGUCGCUUUUACACCCCUUAGACAAGGAUAGGAUUGCGGCUGCAACUCUUGCGGGACAUCCACCACCACCUUUGUCUGCACCGUUGGGAACACCUGUAUCAACUGUUGCGACCCCUGUGAAGAGCUCUGACAGCAAAACGCCCGCGUCGAAAGGAACAUCGCCUACAGGUUCGCCUCGACCCCAGGAAGCCGCUGCGGCUAUGCGCCGUCGACAACAUCUGCGCAAGGCGAGUUCUGACAAGGAUGCAACCACCACCACCACCACUCCUCUCGGCAAGAAGGGAAAAGCGCCCGACAACAGUAUUAUUCCUCCCAUCAGUGUGCUCAUCGUUGACGACAACCCUAUCAAUCAAACGAUCUUGUCGACGUUUAUGAAGAGGAAGAGAAUUAGCUAUGACAUUGCCAAUAACGGUGAAGAGGCAGUCACGAAGUGGCGGGUUGGUAACUUCCAUCUCAUCUUGAUGGAUAUUCAGAUGCCUAUCAUGGAUGGCAUCCAAGCCACUAAAGAGAUCAGGCGAAUGGAGAAGGCCAAUGCAUUGGCUGGCUACCCUCCCCUGACGCCCAACGGCGAAGGCCAGCGUACACCCUCUGACACAUCCUCUGUCGCCUCCCGGGCAACUGCCUCACCCUACCGAUCAUCCGUUAUCAUCGUCGCCUUGACCGCCUCGUCCCUCCAAAGUGAUCGAGACGCGGCACUCGCAGCCGGCUGCAACGACUUCCUCACCAAGCCUGUCUCCCUCCUCUGGUUGAACAACAAGAUCAUCGAGUGGGGUUCGAUCAAGGCGUUGCAAGUCUGGGCGGACCUGCGACCGGAUGUGAACAGGAUGAAUACGGGUCAAGCAGCGCAGGCGAGAGCUGUAGCGGAUCGGUUGCAGGUACCCAAGAAGAAGACGGCGUCGCCCCCGCCUAGGAGGAGUUCGAGUUUGAACAAGGAAGAGGGGGCUGCGGCGUUGGCGCUUGCGUCCCCUGCGGGUGUGCCACUGAAGGAAAGUGCUCUUGGCCAGUUCACGUCUGAACCCAAGUCUCUCCUGGCGAAGAUAGAAGGUGGGAAGGAGAUUUCUCCCAGUAGGACCCCUUCGGGAGAUCGGACUUCGUCUUCGACCGAGACGCGACCUUCGCGAACCAGCUCGGUUGAUUCCACUACCGAUGAUGAAUCAAUAAAUGAGAGCAACACAAGUCGUUCACCAACAGAUGACGAGCCUCCACGGAACCCAUUGACGGAGCCACCGCUCGAGGACGACAUGAACCCAGCGAUCCCGACCGAACCACCUGAUACAAGCGAUCUUCCGACUCCCAAAAGGUUGGAGACUAUCGACGAAGAUCCGAUUCCUCCAAUAGUGGCCAACGUUGCGACCGCCGGCCAACACGAAUCCUCGCUGACCCCGACUCUCAAUGAUCCUCGAUGCCAUAGGGAAGAUUAUGUCAAAGCCAAGCGCAAAGACGAUCAUGGACGCAAUGGCCAAACUCCAGCAACAGCGUCCGAAGACGCAGCGACAGAACCUCCCCCCUCUGAUUCUGCGACCAAUCCCACAUCCACAUCCGACACUGAAUCCGAUCCCUCUCCUCCGACUCCCGCUCCAUCCGACCCUGCUCCUCCGUUAGCCGAAACGGACCCUGACCGGUGA